AUGGAGAGUCAUGUAUUUGAAUGUAUCGUUCAAAAAGACGAUACAAAGCUACGUGAUUCGAGAAAUGUCAAAACAAACAUCCUAUCACCGAUCUCGACGAAGAAAGAAGCGAUUUAUUUGACUAACUAUCCUACUUAUCGUGGAAGGGGCUACGUAAGAAGCAAUAACAAAAACAACAGUAACAACAACGCCAUUAUCGAAGAUCGUGCUCUCGAUUCGUCCCGAAGAGAGACAUUCGUUGUUACCGAAGACGACAAAGAGAAUUUUAUUGGGAAACAAGAGGAUCGUUUGAAUAAUUUUCCAUCUACGAAGCGACAAGAGAUAUUACCAACAUUGUUGUCUUUCGACGAGAAAAAUAACGAAGGGAAUUCACUCAAACGAAAAAUUCCACGUCCGGCUAAUGCUUUCAUGCUUUUUGCGAACGAAUGGCGAAAGAAACUUGCCAGUGAAAAUCCUCGAGAAUCUAACAAGGACAUCAGUACUUGGAAUCCUUUGGAAGAAUAUCUCGAAAGAUAUGAAGGAGAAGUACUUCACAUUGGCACGAGAAGUCGAUGCAGAACACAAGAAAAAAUAUCCUGGGAUGAGUGCAUCGUCAUCAUUGUCGUCGUCAUCAUCGUCACCGUUGACGUAACACGACAGGACGAUGCAUGCAGGCAAGCGGACAUAGAACGAUGCUGAUAGCCUACUGAGAGAUAUAAAGCCGAGUGGCAGCUGCUCUACUCGUCAUUUGCGAUCAUAUGUUUAACUUGCAUAUUCGAAACUAACUUUUCGCGAUACAAAUAGCGAUUUCCUAGAAACAACAACGUAUGGCGUGUUGCUGCCAGUAUGUAAUGUUUAAUUUGACGUAUACAAUGUGUCAACAACAAAAAAUAUAUCAAAAGAUCCGUCAAAGUUUAUUAUGAUAACUUUUAUUAUUAUUUCUUUUUUAUUUUUUUGCAAAGAAAAAAGAAAGAUAAAUAAAUAAAAAGAAAUAU